CCCUCAGACACAGCGGAUCACGUAAAGAGCCGAAGAUUUUGGCUUGGUCAUGUGAUCAGCUGUGUCCAAUCACAGAUGAUCACAUUGCCACCUGUCAGUGUUCAUCAGUGCCAGCAGUCAGUGCUCAUCAGUGCCACGUGCCAGUGCCCAUCAGUGCCACAUCAAUGCCACAUAUCAGUGCCUACCAAUGCACAUCAAUGCCACAUAUCAGUGCCCAUCUGAGCUGCCUUUCAGUGUCACCCAUCAGUGCCAGUCAGUACCACCUAUCAAUGCCAAUCAGUGCCACCUAUCAGGGCUGCCAAUCAGUGCCACCUAUCAGUGCCAGUCAGUGCCACCUAUCAGUGCCAGUCAGUGCUGCCUAUCAGUGCGCAUCAGUGCCACCUAUCAGUGCCUGCCAGUGCCACCUAACAGUGCCAGUCAGUGCUGCCUAACAGUGCCAGUCAGUGCCGCCUAUCAGUGUCAGUUAGUGCCAUGUAUCAGUGCUGCCUUUCAGUGCCCAUCAGUGAUGCCUGUCAAUGCCCAUCAGUGCCACCUACCAGUGCCUCCUCAUCAAUGCCCAUCAGUGCCACCUAUCAGU